CUGCGGCGGCAGGUGCGCGAAGGAGGCUGUCUGUCACUCCACUCCGUUUUUACCGGUCUACUGACAUCAUCACAAACAAAACAAAAUGUCGAACCCUUCAAUUCGAGACUUCUACAAAGGUCGAAACAUCCUGGUGACGGGAGGUACUGGGUUCAUGGGCAAAGUGCUAAUUGAAAAAAUGCUGUACUCCAUCCCUGACCUGGGCAACAUCUACAUACUCAUGAGACCCAAGAGAGGAAAGUCUGUUGCCCAAAGGAUUGAAGAUAUGCAGCGAUUGAGGCUUUUCGAACGAAUACGGACUGAAAAACCGGACGCCUUUAAGAAGAUGAAGCCACUACAGGGUGAUGUUUUAUUCGAUAACUUGGGACUAUCAGAUUCUGAUAUAGAAUUGUUGUGUAAUGAAGUAUCAGUGGUAUUCCAUUUUGCCGCGACCCUAAGAUUGGAAGCUCCCUUAAAAGACAAUGUCAAUAUGAAUACUUGUGGUACUCAAAGAGCAUUGGACAUUGCUAAGAAGUUUAAGAAACUGGACAUCUUCGUUCACCUUUCCACGGCUUUCUGUUAUCCUGACUAUGAAGUGUUGGGGGAGAAAUGCUUCGGUCCCCCAGUCAAACCAGAGAACGUGAUGAAACUGAUUCAAUGGUUGGAUGACAAACAGCUGGCUUUGUUGACUCCCUCGCUGCUUGGUCCGCAUCCCAACUGUUACACGUUUUCCAAGCGACUCGCAGAAACUAUUGUGGAACAAGCACACGACGAGUUGCCAGUUGUCAUUGCACGACCUAGUAUUGUAUGUCCAUCGCUCAAGGAGCCUGUGCCAGGUUGGGUGGACAACCUGAAUGGGCCAGUGGGCGUGAUGCUAGGCGCUGGAAAGGGAGUCAUCAGAACAAUGCUCUGCGACGGAUCUCUUACCGCCCAAGUUUGCCCAGUAGAUAUCGCAAUCAACGGUAUCAUAGCUAUAGGAAUGAUUGAAGGAAAUAAGAAAGAAAAACAUACAUCAUUGCCUGUAUACAAUGUGAACAAUGGUCAUCAGAAACCUACUACAUGGGGUGACGUGCUCACAAUAGCUAAGGACUAUGGUCGAAAGUACCCCCUGUCCUGGCCGCUCUGGUAUCCUAACGGAGACAUCACCACGAACGCUGUGCUGCAUGAGUACCGAAGAAUCUUCUACCAUCUAGUGCCUGCCUACCUGAUCGAUUUUCUCUUGUUCUUACUUGGACAAAAAAGAAUAAUGAUACGAAUCCAAGAAAGAAUAUCCCAAGGUUUGGAAGUGUUGCAAUACUUCACAAUGCGCCCGUGGAACUUCCCAUGUCCUAACUACGAUGCAAUCAGAGAAAAACUAAGUCCAGAAGAACAGGAAAUCUACAACACUGACACUACGGAUGUGGAUCGUCACGAGUAUAUGAAGAUGUGUGUGGAAGGAGGUCGUGUGUACUGCUUUAAGGAAGACCCGAACAAAAUUCCCUACAACAGGAUUUAUCAUCGUUUCCUCUACGUACUGGACUGGUUUGUCAAGACUAUGUUCUGGCUCUUUGUUUUAUCAUUCAUUGCAUCCUGGUGUGGACCCAUCAAAACAGUCUUCAGUUUUGGAGAACCUAUUGUGAAACACCUGCCUUUCUUGGGCAAGGUUGUUAGCAAAGUUGAAGAACUGUGAAGUUAAACUCUUGAAGUUGUAAGGUGAAGGACCUUAGUAAUAAACGUUUUGUGGAAGAAAGAAUCUCAUACCUAAGCUAUAGAAAAUCUACAAACUAUUCUAUGGGGAAUUGUUUUGUUUACUGUCAAUCUUUAUGUAGUCAAAUAAGUAUACCUAUCAAUGGGCGUGAUGGUGUUAUAGUUUUACUUUUAAGUUCAUUAUAUAGAAGCACAAAAUUAUUUAGGUACAUAGGUAAUUUUCAAGUAUUAAAAAGCCUCAGAUUAGGUACUUUUAGUGAGAAAUUUUUGGCUUAUAUCAUUCACACUUGUAAUUUGAUCUGUAUGAAGUGACCACAAGGUUCAAAAUAUUAAUAACCAAGCUUAUCGUUAUAUGUAUACCUAAUGUGCAAUUUGGCAAACAAAUUUGAUUGCAACGGUACAAAUAGGACCUACCUAAUAGUAUGUAGUUUACUUCUGGUGUCCUAUCCUAAACAUAUACUAGUUGAGCAGGCCUUGAGGCAUUUAACCUAUUUGUACCAUUGUGUUUAAGGGUUUUAACUCGUCGAGUACCGGUUUUGCAGACACAAUUAUAGAACAAUAGGUUGCGGUCACCGGUGACCGCUUGGUAUUUGACAGUUUAAAAGGCUUCAAACAUUCCUACCCUCACCUGCUUUUCCUAAUUACACAAUCUUUUUACUUUAUGGCAAUACAGCGUAAUAAUGUUAGUUAUAUUUAAGUUUAGGUACUUAGAAUAUGUAAGGGAACGAGGCAAUUUGAUUUAGUUAUGCAUUGACUAUUCAUAGUUAGAUAUUAGCUUUCGAGAGACGUAAGUCGAUGAUUUUUAUUGUUUGUAUUUGUGAACCUAAUUGUAUGUAAAAAAUAGUUAAGUGUAAAGUACCAUCGCUCAAUGUGCACAUACUCAAAUGUUUACAAAUUACAGUUCAAUAUAAUGCGAAGCAAAAAAAGAUGAGGAAUACCUACCUGUUAAACCUGUUUUAUAGUGCUUGUUAUGCAUAGUGCAUAAACAUUAUGUAAACUCAUUCACAAAUUGCCAGCUGUUCAAUAAAGAGAUAUAAUUUACUCCUAUCGCUAUUUCUUGUUUUAGAUGCUUUUUCUUGUAAAAAUAUUAGGUACUAUCCUCAAUAGUUUGUUGUCAACAUAGACAAUGGGUCCAAAGUCAAACACAAAAACUUUAGGUAAGUGAUAAUAUAUUUCUUUUUUAGGAAAAAAAAUUGUAUAACAUGAAAUAAAAGCAAUUUGACAGUGAUUGAUAACUUAUAAAUCAGUACAACAUAAUUAUAUUGUUACUCAGUAACUUUUCUAAUCAAUCUCAAUAAUAACAUUCGCCAAAGCAAAAAAUAUAGUUCUUAAUAAAAAAAUCUUAAUAAGGAAUAGGUACAAUUUCAUAUAUUUGUUUCCAUGAUUUGUUUCUAAAUUUAUAAAUUAACCUUACAACAAAAUUAUUAUAAAACGUAAAUAUACGAAUGCGCUAGCAGACUGGUGUUUUACUGGGUGGCGUUGACGAUGUCAACAAACUCUGGCUUGAGACUGGCUCCGCCGACGAGGAAA